GGAACAACAGCACCGGGACGAGAAGAGCAAAAUGAUAGAAUAGAACAUGGGACACUUGCGGCAGUGGGAAGAACCGAAACUCGUCUAGCAGAAGUGGCCGGUCUGGCCAAAACCCACCGCAGCGACGCAGCCGAGCGUGCCGAAAACCGUCGAGACGGGGAAGGGAAGCUCAACAAAAUCGGCUUCGCAAAGCUGAAUAAUAUCGCCGGUGCUGGCUUCGGCAUCUUGAGAGCGUUCAGAGGCAGUGGUUGCAUCAUGAUGUUGAAUGUGGUUUCGAUACUUCGUAAGCUCCUCGUUCUCUCUCUGCCUUGGAGGGGACCCUGCUUAGGUACUGGAGGUAGGUAAUUGAUGCGGGGUAACUUGGAGAGAGUCCCCGCCCGGUUAGGUAACUGCCACAGCGAGCGGGCACGGCUGCACAUCUUUCGCGGCUUGCUCCCGAUCCACCAAAGUGUCGCAUCCAACUCGGUGCCAACAAUAACUCUCUUGUUUGUCUGUGAUGUAUUUGGAGAGAUUGUCAAUUCGUACACACAGUCAAAUGUGUGUCAUGGUUGGCACUGGCGAGCUCCAGUCUCCAACCGACAAGCGCGAGACACCCACAUGCAGGAAGUGAGAUGCGAGAACCGUUGUCCUGCGCAGCCCGUCGUCCGAUUAUGCAGUCGGGACUUCGCUAGCUCCUCAAUAGACCGGAGCAUGGCGUCAAAAAUGGGGGGGCGAUGCUUCAGUCGUGCAGCAGCGCCUUCCAUUAGCCCAGUCAACAUCGCUUGCCGACGAUCGUCGCCGUUGAACGAGACCCGUCGACCCCCCCUGUUAGGUGCUGCACGCGGUGGAGGGAGCAGGAGCCGCAAAAGGCCAGCGCCAAACCGGGCUUGGCACAUUUGGCCAGUGGAAGCAGCGGACGAGACGUCGGGGAAACGGGGAAGAGCUUCCCCGUUCCUCGACGACCCCACCACAAAUCUCGUCCAUGGAUGCGCCGGGAAAGGCCAGACCAUGCCGAGUGCCAGUCGGUGCGGUUUCAUCGCCUUCUUAACGACAAGACAAGGCACGCGUACUCAACUCCUCUUUCAAGGCACUCGCGAGUUACAAGCUUGGUACGCUUCCGCGCUUCGUUGCGGGGCGACGUUAAUCGAAUUGGUUUGCCGACAUACAUAGGAAGGUACCUCACUACUCGCUCGUUGCCCUCGCCUCCCUGCGGAGAGAUUGACGAAAUUCAUUGCGCCACGCCGUCCCGGAUUGGAGAAGCGCGGAUUUGUGCCGCCAAGGACAACCAAGGACCUCGGGCGCAAACACCCCCCACACCCACCCAAACACUUUCA